AUGGUGCCGGGCCGGGGCCAGGACUUCCAGCGGCGUUCGGAUUCGGACUCGCUUGUCGGCGUGAGGCUUUCCGAUUCCGACUGGAAUCGACGGGGCGACGGCACCGGCCGACCCAGAACCACAAGCCGGAGGCACAUGUCGCCGCUCCCGGCCGCUUCCUCCACCGGCGGCUCGGCAGAUCCAGCAACGCAGCCGCCACUGCCGAAGCCGGGGCACGUGGCCGUGGACAUCCCGUCCGCCGUCACGCCGCUCCCCGUCGCCGCACCGGACGGCGCUCCUGCUGCGCCACCGCCACUCGACCCUCACGCCGCCGUGCUCAUCAUUCCGACAUUCCCGGCAUGGACGCCGCCGCUGGAGGCUGCACCACCAAGUCGAAGCCGGGCCCGGGGCACGUCGCCAUGGACAUCCCGUCGCCGCUCACCAUCCCGGCCACGGACGCCGCCGGUGACGGCCACUCCACAUGGCGCGGCGGGGUUUCGAAAAUGCCGCCAUUGUCGCGAACUCGCGAUACAAAACUGGGUCCAUUUGUAA